CCGUGGCCGUCAAGCGCAUUCGGUCGCCGGGCGGCGGCCGUCACGAACUGGACGUGCACAGACGGCUACAGCACCCGAACGUCGUCAGACUGCUGUUCCACUUUUAUUCCGGGCCAGACGACGACUACGGCGGAGGCGGCGGCAGUCGGCUCAACUUGGUAAUGGAAUUGGCGCCGACCAACUUGGACCGCGCUAUCCGUCGGUUGGCCGCAGCCGGUCGGACCGCGAGUGUCGGCCACGGCAAGCUGUACGCGUACCAGAUGUUCAGGGGCCUGGGGUACGUGCACUGGACGGCGGGACUGUGUCACCGGGACGUGAAGCCGAGCAACCUGUUGCUGUACCCGUCCACGGGCGUGCUCAAGCUGUGCGACUUUGGCAGCGCCAAGGAUCUGUCGCGCGGCCGGCCGAACACCCGGUACGCCUGUUCCCGCCGCUACAGGGCGCCCGAACUGCUGUUCGACCAACCGUACGACGCGCCCGACUACACCGCCGCGGUGGACGUGUGGAGCGCCGGUUGCGUGUACGCCGAACUCAUGGCGGGCGUCCCCCUGUUCCCGGGCACGAGCGUCCCGCACCAGCGAGCGUUGGUCGCGCGUCCACCGGAGUUUCCGAGACAGGCGCCGGCCGACGCUGUCCGGCUGAUGGCGGCCACGCUCCGGUUCGACCCGGCCGCCAGGCCGACGGCGCCGGAAGCGUGCGACCACGAGUGUUUCGACGCGAUCAGACGGCCGGGCGGCCAUCGCCUGCCGCCCCUGUUCGACGACGACGACGACGACGACGAUUAUUACUACGACUACGGCGGCGACGACGGAUAUCCACGAGUCUGA